ACCCUUUAAAAAUGCAGGAGGGUUUUUUGUGCCUAACAAGUGUUUGCCCCUGUGUUGCUCAAGGGAGAACAAGACUCCAUCUGGUUUUAAUUUCGCUUUGGACUGUACUGUUUGUGCACUCUUACUACAAUGAAAUAUUGUGGAGACCCACCAAAUGUUAGAUUUAGUAACAAAAAAACUGACAUUGCUGUGAUACUCUUCAGUCAUGACAUUUUCAAAACUAAUGAUUUGUUAUAUCUUCAAUAAUGAACAAGUUUUGGGGAUUUUAAAUAACCUGCAUAUUCUUGUUCUCCUUCCUAUUCUUUUAUUUGAGAGCCUUUGAUGUUAUUUGCACAGAGAGUGAAUUUGGUUUGUAUGCACAGGAUGUAACUUUGUAUUAUGCAAUUGUGUAUUUCCUUCAAGUGUCCCUACACAUCCCUUCAAUCAUUUCUACAUUUGGAGGUGAUUAAAGAUGUAUGUGUGUGUGCCAGGAAGCCCUGCAAGGAAUACUCUGCGUUUCUCUUUCUGGGCCUCUUGGUUAUGUAUAUGCUAGGAGGAAGCCAAAGUAAAGGUUAAAGUCCCAGUGCUCUGCCUUUUGUGACACAGCUCUUAACCCCCAGCCAGUUGCCAUGCAACUCAAACUCCAAAUCAAAAGGAAUUACCUCAACUACCAUUGGUCUUUCACAGUUGCAUUAUUACUGCAAGGUGAAUCCGUUUCCAGCAUCACUGCUUUCCCACAAGAGUCCUUGUUCAGGAUUCUGGCUGUGCUGUUCUCCUCCUUUUCGCUCUGUUCUUCUCUAAUUCAUCUGUGCUCAAGAAACUACACAAAAAGCGCUGUGUUGUGUGCUUAUUGCAGUUGAUAUUAAAUGAUAUCCCACAGUGAUAUCAUCACAUUGAGAUUGUGUGAGUGUGCAGCUUGGACCUGGCAGCAGCAGCAGCAGCAGAUAAUGAAAUCAGAAGUGGUACACUGAAUAGUAAACACCCAUCUCAUUAGUCCAACACAAAGAGAGAGGAAGAGUGAGGGAUGUGGUUGACUCUUUUUUACAGUUGCACCGGUGGAGCAGCUCUCCUGUAUGUUCUGUACAGAUGGGUGAUCCCCACCGCUGUGCAGUAUCAUGCUGGACUGGCUCUGAUUUGGCAUGAUGUCAUAGUGGAGCGGAUGCUGGACACGCUGACCCAGUCUACACGUCCACAGCGGCUCCUGGGUGCAGUACAGAAGAACGCCACUAGAGGAGACCCUCGCAGCGUGGUCCAAGCCAUCGAUCAGUUCUGCAGACAUAAGGAGUGGGCCAUGAAUGUGGGGGAUGAGAAAGGCUGCAUUCUUGACUCAGUGGUGUCUGAGAUAAACCCAGCCACUGUGUUGGAGCUGGGAACCUACUGUGGCUACUCCACGGUGCGGAUCGCCAGCCUGCUUCCCCCUCAUGCCAAGCUCAUCACACUUGAAUUUAACCCAGACUUUGCUGCUAUUGCUCGUCAAGUCAUUUCUUGGGCAGGCCUAGAGGACAAGGUGCAGUUAGUUGAAGGAUCUUCUGGUGACUUGAUCCCAAAAAUGAAGGAGCAGUUUGGAGUGAAAACAUUUGAUUUGGUUUUCCUGGAUCACUGGAAGGAUCGCUACCUUCCCGACACAAAGUUGAUAGAGGAGUGUGGCCUCCUCAGGAAAGGGAGCAUCCUGCUGGCUGACAACGUCAUCUGCCCUGGAGCUCCUGAGUACCUGGAGUACAUCCGUAGCAGCCCGCAAUAUGAGAGCCAGUACUUCAAAUCUCACCUGGAGUACACCAAAGUGGAGGAUGGCUUGGAGAAGUCUGUAUUCUUAGGGUAGUUUUUAACAAAAAGGUGUCAUGUAUUACACAGGUACUAGUAAAUCAGUAGACCUUCAUUGUCUUGGGUUGACUGUGCAGGCUUGCCUGAUGUCAUGGGCAAGAGGCAAAUCUGUUUUUCUAAUAUGUCAUUGAAUGUGUUAACUUGGAAUUAAAAGUAAAGGAAAAACAA